AUGGUGCAACCAAACAGGAAGGAUGGGAGCCUCCGUCAAGAAGAUGCAUUAUGGGCUCAAAGUACAACCUUCAAGACACCGAUUGGGAUGUCUCCUUAUAGAAUUGUUUUUGGUAUUGAAAGAAAACUCCAAUUACAAAAGCUUGAAGAGCUUGGGCUAGAAGCUUAUGAAAACUCUAGGAUUUAUAAAGAGAAAACUAAGAAAUUCCAUGAUAAGAUGAUUUAUAGGAAGGAAUUCUCUGUGGGCCAACAGGUUUUACUGUUUAAUUCCUGCCUUAAGCUCAUGGCUGAGAAACUUCGAUCCAAAUGGAUUGGCCCUUUUGUUGUUAAUAAUAUUUUCCCUCAUGAUGCAGUAGAAAUUAAAAGUGCAGGUACUGAUAAAUUUUUCAAGGUCAAUGGGCAGCGCCUGAAGAUAUUUCAUGGAAAUUCAGCGCCUGAAGAUGCAAGCAUAGAGGAGCUUUCUUUGGAAGCACCCAGCUACACUAUAACUUGA